AUGGUUGGAGAAUCGGUUUGGCCGUGCGAGCGUCACUGCUCCUCGCGGACUGACGCGGGGCAGGCAGAAACGAGCUCGUGCACGUGGAAUCGGGUAGAGGGCAGGCCGGGUAGGGCGAAAGACGCUGUAGCGCGCACGGCGCAGCGCGUGGGAGCAGCGUCGGCCGCGGAGGCUGCCAGCUCUGCUGAAUGGGCGCCGGCUCGACCUGCGCUUGCUGCUGCCGCCACUGAAGCCAUGGCGACACAGUGUGCGGCAGCAGUCAGAAGAGAGCUUUGGGAGCAUUGCGGCACCGCCGUGAGGCCGGCGGGCAUCGCGGACACCGCAAUUCCGUGCGCCAUCGACCAUUCUCCGCAACCCGCGCUCAGGCCGUCGACAGACACUCUAAGUGACGCCCUUCUCGCCGGCGACCGUUUGCUGCCGUUCGCGACGGCGCCGCUGGACGCGGAAUACGCGGUGGCGCAGGAGGAGAUUGGGCGCGGGGAGUUCGGCGUCGUGCGCGCGUGCAUGGCGCGCCGCAGCGGGCGCAUGCUGGCGUGCAAGUCGGUGGAGAAGGCGCGCCUGUGCGGAGAGCGGCGCGGCGAUCUCGAGAUGGAGCUGCUGUGCAUGGCGGCGCUGCCGCCGCACCCGCACGUCGUGCGCCUUGCGAGCGUGCACGAGGACGCGCGGCGCGUGCACCUCGUCAUGGACCUCUGCGACGGCGGCGACCUCUUCGACCUCGUCGCGCGCGCCGGCCGCCUACCCGAGCGCUGCGCGGCGGCGGUGCUGGCGCAGGCGGCGAGCGCGGUGGCGUGGUGCCACGCGCACGGCGUGCUGCACCUGGACGUGAAGCCCGAGAACCUCCUCCUCGCUGGCCUCUCCGCCGCGCCCCUGCUCGCGGACGCGCGCAGCGCGGAGGCGGCGCUGGCGCACGUGAGCGUGAAGCUGGCGGACUUCGGGCAGGCGGUGGCGGUGGCCGCGGGGGGCAGGGCGCGCGGGCUGGCGGGAUCAUCCCUGUACAUGGCGCCCGAGGUGGUGUGUGGGCGCGAGUACGACACUAAAGCGGACAUGUGGAGUGUGGGCGUGGUGCUGUACGUGAUGCUGGCGGGGUACGUGCCCUUCUACGGCCCCGACCUGCCCCACGUGUUCCUCGCCAUCUGCCGCGGCCACCCCGACCUCACCGGCGAGGCGUGGGAGGGCGUGUCAGACGAGGCGAAGCAGCUCGUGCGGUCGCUGCUGUCUGUGGACCCUGCCUCACGCCCCUCCGCCUGCGACCUGCUCUCCCACCCCUGGCUCACCGCCCAUGUGCCUGCAGCCGCGGCAGCAGCGAAGGCGGCGAGGGAAGCGGCGGGUGCAGCUACGGGGGGUGUGCUUGCACCCCUGGCGUGUGCCUCCUCCUCUGGUGCUUCCACCAUUCCUCGAUUCACUGACGGCAGUGGGAGGCUGUAUGGCACCGCACCUGAUGGACAGUGCAGGGAGCAGCGGUGCUGCAAGGAGGCCGAGAAGACGGCUGUAUCGGUGCAGGUGGAGGCGCCGACGGGGCACUACGAGUGCAUCAAGCCGGAGGAGCAGGCGGCACGGGAGGGGCAGCAGAGGCAGGCGGGGCGCGAGGAAGGCAUGCGCGAGGCCACGCACAAGUUGCAGGCAUCACAUGGCACGAGCAAGCCCCACGCCCACGAGGCAGCCUCUGAGGCCUCAGUGACCGCCCAGCAGCACGCAGCCCAGCAGCAGGGCGCAGAGGCGGCACACGAGGCACGGUCGGGGCUGACAGGCAUGCUGGCGGGCAUCCGUGAAAAGAUGGGACACGCUGGGGAGGCGCUGCUGGGGGGGCCGCACACGGGCACAGAGGAGUCCGCGCAGGCAGCGAGGGAGGGUGCAACCCACACGCGUGCCUCUGCAGGGGUGGCGGCUGGCCGGGGCUAUGAGCAGGGCAAGCAGUCGCCAGACACCGCCUCUGCUGCUGCCAGGGGGGCUGGCACAGCGGCUGGCGUGGCAAGGGGUGCUGGGGAGGAGGCAGGGCGAGCAGCUAAGGAGGGUGCUGGGGCAGCAGCACGCGGGGCGGGUACAGUGGCGGGGACAGUGCAGGGGCUGGCGGAGGAAGGGGGGGCUGCUGGGAAGAGGGGCGUGGAGGGGGCAGCGAGGGGGGCAGGGACAGCUGCAGGAGUGGUGCAGGGCGCAGCAGAGGAGGCGGGGCAUGCUGCGAGGGAGGGCAGCAAGGCUGCUGCGCGCGGGGCAGGGACUUUGGCGGGUGUUACAAGGGGUGUGGGCGAGGAAGCAGGCAAGGCGGCCAGGGAGGGCAGUCAGGCGGCAGUGAGGGGGGCGGGCACAGUUGCAGGGACAGUGCAGGCGUUGGGGGAGGAGGGGAAGGAGGUGGGGAAGCAGGCAGUGGGGAGUGCAGCGAGGGGGGCGGGCACUGUGGCGGGCACUGUGCAGGCGCUAGGGGAGGAGGGCAGGGAGGUGGGCAAGCAGGCCAUAGGCAGCGCUGCAAGGGGUGUGGGCGCGGUGGGAGGGACGGCACAGGCAGUGGGGGAGAUGGCGAGUGAGGGGGUGAAGAUGGGCGCAAGGGGAGCAGGGGAGGUGUAUGGGACAGUGCAGGGUGCUGCUGACGUGGGCAGCCAUGUGGCAAGCGAUGUGGGGCAGCAGGUGAAGCAAGGAGCGCGGGCAGCAGCGCAGGGAGCAGCUAGGGGGAUGGGCACGGCAGCAGGGGUGGUGCAGGGCGCAGGGGAGGCAGCAGGGCGCGCAGCACUAGAGGGCAGGCGGGAGGUGGGGGAUGCGGUGGGGGCAGCAGGCGUGGGCACAGCCGAGGCAGCCAGGGGCGUGGUGGGGGGAGCAGCACACGCGGUGGGAACAGCAGCGUCAGCAGUUGGUGGAGGAGCAUACGACACGGUAGAGGGCGUGGGGCAGGCCAUAGGCGGGCUGGGGCUGACCAUGGCGGGGGGCGUGCAGAGCAUGCUGGGGGGGGUGGCGGGGGCGGUGGGGGGGGGAGUGCAGUCGCUGGUGGAUUCUGUCAGGGGCGGCCCCCAUGCCGUGGGAGAGGCUGUGCAAGGGCAUGCGCAGCAGGUGCGGGCAGCAGGGGGGACUGGAAUUGAGGGGGCCGGAGGAACGGGAGGUGAGGGGGGAAAGGGGGAGGAUGUGAUAUCGCGGCGGGUGGACGUGGUGGAUGCCAUGCGCAUGGCUGGGGAGGAUGUGGCAGCCAUGGCUGGCGCUGCAGGUGUGCCGGCAGGGGACAUGGAGGGCGUGGAGGGGCCGCGUGUGAUAGUGGUGACAGAGGAUAAGGUGGUGCGUGAGUAG